AGUUACAUCACACGAGACUAGCUUGUGUUAUAUCACUAAAGUAACAGAUUAUGUUUUUUAGUAAUAUCCAAGUACUACAGGGGUAUUUGGAUCAUAACUAUGAUUAGCGGACUCAUCUGUUCUGUGUCUUUAGUAUGGAUGACAUUCAUGCGUUACUAUCAGGCUCCCCUGGUAACCACACAGAUGCCAGAAGGUGUAUCUGUUAGUAAAAUCAUAUUUCCAGCUGUCGGUAUUUGCACCAAUAACAGAAUCAGCAAGAGCGCUAUCGAGGAACUAGCUCGAAAUCUGCUACGAGAAGAACGAAAUAAGAAUUAUACGGAGAAGCAAAUGCUAUCCUUACUUCUUGGACUUGGUUUGUUAUAUAAUCAACAACCUAUGAAUGAGAAACUAAUGCAGCCAAUGAAACUGCAUCGCGCCUUAGGUGACUACGAUGUCAAUGAGCUUAUGCGCAAUUUGACACCCAGAUGUGAAGAUUUGCUGAUGAGAUGUGCUUGGAACGAAAUACCCAUGAACUGCUCUGACCUAUUUGAUUUUCGUUUGACAAUGAAUGGUUAUUGUUGUACUUUUAACUACUUGCGACAGUCCGACAUUACAUUUGAGGAUAAAUCGGGCGGAGCGCGCAGUAUAGAUAUGUAUAAAUACGGGAACAAGUCUAAUUUUGAUUUUGGUCAAGGACUAAAGGCAUUAAUUAAACUAAAUACAAGCGAUGAUUUUUACUACAACAUGCCUUUACAAGGAGCCCAGUUACAGUUCUCAGACGCCUACGAUUUCCCCGAUGCACCUAGCGGCAGCUUUGCAAUGCAAAUUGUGAACCCAAGUGUCGAGAUGGUAGUUUUUGUAACGGCAAGUUUUACGGAGGCAUCUCGAGAUAUACAACACGUGCCGACUAAGCUGAGACAGUGUUUGUUCUACGAUGAGUCUUCGUAUUUGCCAUUCUACACACACAGUGAUUGUUUGCUAAAAUGCAGAAUGCUAUUUUUAUUAGCUAAAUGUAAAUGUACUCCAUUCAACAUGCCAAAAAUGGUCAAUAAUCGAACAUGUGAUAUAAGAGACAUACCCUGUUUGAAAAUAUAUAAUGCUCAAUCGACAACGGUGAGACCUAAUGUUGACAUGAUUUCGCCGGAGUUGGAGUUGGAUAUGGUCGGAGGCGGCAUCAAUUGCCCCAUGUGUUAUCCCAGUUGCUCGAAAACCGCUUACAGUUAUGAUUUCAUGAAUACAAAAAUAUGGCCGGACUAUAUGAACACAGUUCCAGAUGGCGAUAGGAUGGACUGGUUACAAGGCGCCAAUUUUACAGGAACAUCGAUGGUUCACGUAAAGUACGCGAGGGAAGUUGCCGACUGUUAUGGGCAGAAUGUUAUUAUGAAAUGGUUCGACUUAAUUAGUAAUAUUGGAUCGACUUGUGGAUUUGUAACUGGAUUUAGUUUCGUAUCAGUAAUUGAGUUUAUCUACUUCUAUACUGUAAAGUUAUAUCGUGAGAUCGGUAAUCGUCGUCGUCAAGAAAAACGAAUUGCCAGUGAAACGUCCACAGUAAACAAUUUCGAACCUAUUAGUCGAUAUAGGCCGAUUUACUGGCAUGAGCUUGGAGGAUCAACUCAAUGGAAACAAGGAUCUUAUUAUUAG